GGCUAAUCCUCCAUUAAAUCCGCCGAUUCAUUCUCUCUCUCUCUCACUCAAGAACCCAGUCGAAGCACAAGAAAACCUCCGCCGAAAAGAUUCAGUCUUGCAUCCGUUCGUGUCCCUUAAACCCUCUCUGUCAUGCUCUAAAUCUGCGGUUCCUGGGUUUCGCCGUUUUUUUUUUUCUCGGGAAAAUCUCAGAACAUGAAGACGACCCACGUGAGAAUUUCCCAUGCCUUUGUCUGGUUUUUGUGUUUUGUCGUCUCUGUGUGCGCGCAGUCGAGUCCAGACGCGGCGCCGGCGCAAGCCCUGAAGGCAAGCUUGAAGCUUCCGCCGAAUCUUGUCUGGUCCGGGCCGGAUCCAUGUGAAUGGACGGGUUUGCAAUGCGAUAAGAGCCAACGGGUCACCCGGAUCCAGCUCGCGAACAGAGGGAUUUCAGGGACUUUACCUCCUGAUCUCAGGAAUUUGUCGUCUUUGACCAUUCUCGAGUUCAUGCAGAACAAGCUCACGGGUCCGAUCCCGAGCCUUGCCGGGUUGAAAUCGUUGAUGACUCUGAACCUCCACGACAAUGGGUUCACUUCGAUUCCCGCCGAUUUCUUCACGGGUAUGAGCUCGCUUCAUGUGGCGAUUCUGAAUAACAACCCGUUCGGUCCCUGGGAAAUCCCGGUGAGUUUAAAGGACGCGGUUGCUCUUCAGGAGUUAUCCAUCGUCAAUUGCAAUCUUUCCGGCAAAAUCCCUGAUUUUUUCGGUGGGCAAACAUUCCCCAGUCUGAAAACCCUGCAGUUGUCUCAUAACUCGUUCGUGGGCGAACUUCCAUCGAGCCUCGCCGGCUCAUCGAUUGAGGUUCUGUGGGUCAACGGGCAAAUGCUCAAUGGGUCGAUUUCCGUAUUGCAGAACAUUACAGCUCUCAAAGAGGUUUGGUUACACGGCAACCAGUUCUCUGGUCCGAUACCAGACGUUUCAGGUCUGGUCUCCUUGAUGAAUUUCAGCGUGAGGGAUAAUCAAUUGACGGGUAUUGUCCCUCCCUCUCUGGUUGACUUGGGAUCCCUUUACAUUGUGAAUUUAACCAAUAAUCUGCUUCAAGGGCCAGCCCCUCAUUUUGACACUAGAAAGGUUCAGCUUGAUAUGAAUCCAGGAUCAAAUAGUUUCUGCUUAGAUGAUCCAGGAGUUCCUUGUGAUCCUCAAGUUAGCAUCUUGCUUUCGAUCGUGGAAGCAUUCGGUUAUCCUGUAAGGUUUGCUGAGAAAUGGAAAGGGAAUGAUCCUUGUCAGAAUUGGGAUCGGAUAACUUGUUUAGAAGGUAACGUUACUGUCAUCAAUUUCCAGAGCAUGGGGCUUACUGGUUUUAUCUCUCCGAGAUUCGCAGAUCUGAAAUCGCUGCACACUAUCAAUCUAUCUGGGAACAAUCUCACCGGCACUAUCCCGGAAGAGCUCACAGCGUUGAGUAACCUGAAGAAUCUUGAUGUUUCGAACAACCGUUUGUAUGGUAAAUUACCGGCUUUCAAGAACGUGGAUGUGAAUAUCGCGGGGAACCCUGACAUCGGAAAGGAUCCUCCUCCGAGUCCUGCUCCUGGCUCCCCUGGUUCCAACAGUUCUGCCGAGAAUAGCGACAAGAACGGAUCUGGUAACGUCGGGAAAAUCGUGGGUGUUGUGAUUGGUUGUGUGCUGGGAUUGCUGCUUAUCGGAUUUGUUGUUUUCCUUUUGAUCAAGAAAAGGAAACAGUCCGAUAAGAAGCAAACUCCUUACGCUGUGGUGGUUCAUCCUCAACGUUCUGGUGAACAAGACGCGGUGAAAAUCACGGUAGCGGCUUCGGGUUCAAAGGACAGUGCUGGUGGAAGUGGAAGCGGAAGCAGUAGUCAUGGACAUGGCAGUGACAUCCAUGUGGUGGAGGCCGGGAAUCUGGUGAUAUCGAUCCAGGUUUUGAAGGAGGUUACAGAUAAUUUCAGUGAGAAGAACAUUCUGGGGAGAGGCGGGUUCGGAACUGUUUACAAGGGAGAAUUACCCGACGGGACAAAGAUCGCAGUCAAGAGAAUGGAAUCUUCGAUCGUAAGUGACAAGGGUUUGGGUGAAUUCAAAUCCGAGAUUGCUGUUCUUACCAAAGUUCGCCACCGCAAUCUAGUGGCUCUUCUGGGGUACUGCUUGGAAGGAAACGAGAGGCUUCUGGUUUACGAAUACAUGCCACAGGGGGCGUUAAGUAGGCAUAUUUUCCAGUGGAAGGAAGAAGGGUUGAAACCUUUAGAGUGGACCAGAAGGUUGGCUAUCGCAUUGGAUGUGGCUAGAGGAGUCGAGUAUCUGCAUAGUUUAGCUCAUCAGAGUUUCAUCCAUAGAGAUCUAAAACCGUCUAAUAUACUCCUCGGAGAUGAUAUGCGAGCUAAAGUCUCGGACUUUGGUCUCGUCAAGCUUGCCCCUGAAGGCAAAAACUCGAUCGAGACAAGACUGGCUGGAACUUUUGGUUAUCUUGCGCCAGAAUAUGCAGUAACGGGAAGAGUUACGACCAAAGUAGACGUUUUCAGCUUCGGGAUCAUCCUCAUGGAGCUGAUAACAGGCAGGAAAGCUCUGGACGAGACCCAGCCCGAGGAUAGCGUCCACCUUGUUGGAUGGUUCAGGAGAAUGUACAUUAACAGAAACUUGUUCCGGAAGGCCAUUGAUGGAACCAUCGAGCUAGACGAGGAAACCCUAGCCAGCAUCGACAAAGUAGCUGAACUAGCCAAUCACUGCACAGGCAGGGAACCUCACCAGAGACCCGAGAUGGGCCACGUGGUUAACGUGCUCUCUUCACUCGCGGAACAGUGGAAACCGGCCGAAAACGAUGAUUCGGAUGAUGUUUACGGUAUUGAUUUCGAUACACCUCUUCCGCAAGUGGUGAGGAAAUGGCAGGAAUCCGAGGGAACUAGCAAUAUCACGAACUCGCUUUCUUCGUCGUUUUUCGGGGAUAAUACCGAGAUGAGUAUACCUUCACGGCCUCUGGAUUUCACCAGCACUUUCAAGUCCGGACAAGGACGGUAGGUGUGUCGAGAAUUAGACGGAAUAAGAGAGAGUGACGUGUGGAGAUUUGUCUUGUCGGAUGAUAUGUUGUUUAGGGUUUUAGGGUUUUGUGGACAGUGGAUUUGUUGGAUGGAUACUCUGUCGUGGUUUACUUGUUGCUUACGCAAUGUUUUGUUUCUCUUACUCAUUCCUUGUCUGUCAAGUAAUGUAAAUGAGCUUUUGCAGUGCGGAUC